UUCUCCACACGGCAAUAUAGUCCCAUUCCAGGCGAAGCGGAAGGGGAAGGCGGGGGCGGGACUGCGGGAGGCAAUCGGAGGGCGACGAGGCGGGGCGAAGGCUUCUCCAGUUAGCGCGGCGGCGGGGAUGCCGGUAACGCGGAGGCGUGCCGCCGCCGCGGCCACGGCUGCGCGGGUGGUGGUGCAGGAGGAGGAGCGCGAUGCGGCGAUCGAAAUCUCAUCGGACUCCGAGGCGGGGUCAGAGUGGAGGUCGUCGUCGUCGGCGGCGGAGGAGGAUUCAGAAUCGGGGGAAGAGGUGGACAUCAGCGACAGCGAGGCGGGUGAUGGGGAAGGCAGUGUCGAGGAGAGCGAGGAGGGAUCAGGGGCGGAGGCUGAGCAAUUGGGCUCGGAUCGGAGCGAGGCCGCCUGCAACAAAAUCGUCGGUCUACGCCGCAGUGGGAGGAGUCUAGAGGGGAUUAAGUUGGUGGAGUGCAAGGCGUAUUUAAAGAAGAAUGGUCUUAGCCAAACUGGGGACAUAGCUGCUUGUGUAGACAGAAUAGUGCUUCAUUGGAGGUUUAAGGAUGGUGAUCCAGAGAGAAUUUAUCCACGAUCAUCCUUCUCUAUCAACUGUAAAGGAGAUGUCUGUAGGGGUGAUGCUGUCCUAUUCAAACAAAAGGUGUAUGAGAAGAGUGGAAAAAGACAUGCAAAAUGUAUAGGGAAGCGUAUAGUAGCUGGCAAAGUCACCAAGGAAAGUUAUGGUAGAGAAAAGCAGCAACAUACUUUCACAAUUCAAGUAUUUUGGAGCAAAGGAGCUGGAAAAUUACCACCUUUGCAUUUGUUGCUUGUCAAAGGGCGCAACCUAUACAGAAUGAUGACUUUUCGUCAGCCUUGGGCCAAUGAAGCAGAAAGGCUGAAGGUUCUAGAAGAGAAACACAGCAGAGGAGAUGAUGCAAGGCGUGUUCGUGCUUUGAAUAGACCCAAGUCUGCGGGAAACAGGUGUGGUGCAAAUAUAGUACUGCCAUGAUGCGCCCCAUUGACUACCUUGAUUGCAGUGGAUGCAUAAGGGUCUUCCGGCACAUGCACAAGAUGGCUAAGAAAACAACAUCAGAGCUUCAUGUUCUUCAAACGGGGAAGGUUGAUGGUAAACGAGAAUGCUUUAGAGAUACCACCUUGUAGUUGGUGAUUGAGUUUGUAGCUCGAAUUUUAAGCUCUGCACACAAUGGUUUCUGAAAAUUGAGCUGAUUAUUAUCUUAAUGAAAUCCAAAAUGGAUAUAAGUUUCUGG